UCCAAAACCUCUUCUCUGUUAUUUUUUUAAUUUUUUGUUGUCUUUUUCAUCGUUGCAAUUUGGUUGCCCUGAAAAUGGGUUCUGGUCUUACUUAAAAGUAGUAUUUUUCACUCUAGGAUUUGCUAACUUCUGAUUACUAAGAACCCUAAUCACGAUACGAGUAUGAAGUUACUGUAAUGAGAUAGCAUGUAGGUUCGUUUUAGGGUAUUGUAAGUUAUAAUUUUAACAAUUUAAAGCAAAUUUGGGGUUUUUUCUCUAAUGUUUUGUUUCCUGCAUACAGAGUUAUCUAGACAGUACACUUGUUAUGUAUACUAUUUUUGCUUAGGUUUUAGAUAGGAUUUAACCAGGUGUGAUAAAUAUUAUUAUCUUGUUGGAUUGGUUCAUAAAGAAGCCAAAAAGGGGUUACAAGUUUUUGAAGUUCAUCACUACUACAUUGGAUAACAAAACAUGGUUAUCUGCAUCUGGAGAUGCAAGCACAAUGUCGUCUUCUGGACAGUGUUUUUGUUAGGGAAUGUCUCUUCACUCGGUAAAUUCAUUAUGCACACCAAGACAUUUUUGUGUAACUGUAAGAUCAAGUGUAGGAAACAAACGAGAUCAUAGAUUUGUAGACAUUGACUGCAGAGUUUUUUCAACUGAAACAUUUCCAUUAGGAGUCUGAUUGACACGUCUCUGGGAUUUAUUCCUUUAUAAUACUCACCAUGAUUUGAAAACAUGACACUGUCAUCUACUCCAUGAACACCCAAAACCUUGAUACUGCAAUUUCAGUACUAGUCCUAUAAAUGUUCAAGAAGUUACAUAACCAUUUUCGUCAUUAUUGUAUAGCUGACUACAGCAGUUAUUUCAUUGGAUGCAAAUGUUUUUCAUAGAAUUUUAUUGCAGAACCUGUUCUGCAAUUUGCUGUGCCUGUAUGUGUGUUGUUUUUAUCCAUGUUGUACACACAUUUUCUGGGAGAUUUGAGCGACACUAGAUGGAGUAGAUUACAUUGUAAAGUUGAAGGUUGCUUUAGAAGGAUUAUUAAGAGGUGCAGUACCUAGAAAUCAUAUGUAACGAUGAUGAGGAAAAUGGAUUCACAAGCACCCUGCCCGCAGGGAAGUCAAUGCUUGGCCCUGGUGUACCCACAAAUCAUGUGGAUGGUUGGGACCAUGAUUGUGAGGUUUAGAGUGCUGUGACCUUGACGAUGGAUUUUUGGGAUACAUUUAUAUUGUAAAAGUCCCAAAUUCAACAGAUUUAGAGUUUAGGGUUCAUCUAAACCAGAACUAAAAAGUAAUGCUAUUUUUAAGCUAACUCGUUAUCAAUUUUAUUUGGGUUCUGGUCGUGAAUCCGUUGCUUCGCUGCUGCAUCAUAGUUGCUCUUGAAAGUUCCUUCUUUAGCUAGUUUAAUUGCUUACUUGUUACUAUGAACUUGAUUGUUGCUCUUAAACAAGUGACCAAAGUACGAUUUGGAUGAAGAAGACCCAACCUAUUGACCAGAUAAUAUAAGAUAAAUUGGUAAUGGAUAUGGUUUCUAGUCUCUUGAUUUUCCAGUUACAACAUUGUAAAUGUCAAAUUCGUUAUUCUUAUUGCUUUUCCAACACCAUCUGCCUGUCUGAUUGUUGCUUUGAUGCAUAAACCCGAAUCUCCUAAUAGACCAACCAAAGCUUUCAAAUGCAUGAUUGUCUAGCAGAAGUGUGUCAAACCAUUGCAAGAUAUUUGGCUGAGUCUCGCGGUUAAUGAUUUGGAGCAGGGAUACAAGUGAUUCAAAGUAUAUGCAUAUGAACUACUGUUAUCUAAUUGGGGUUCGUAACCAUAGGCGUCAAUUUUAAAUGUGGGAUGUCUUGCCCUUAAUUUUCUCAUUUGAGUAUAUUAGAUUUCUAUAUUUAGGUGUCGUGAUGUAGCUAGAGGAAGAAAACUUAAACAUCCAUAUUAUCAGUAUUUUGGUUUUAUUAUCAACUUUUGUUUUUUAACGAUAGACUGCUGACUUUAAUUAUAGUGGUUUCUGUAAGUCAUACACUCAUGUAAAUUUUGUACUCCCCCUUUAAAACAUUCUCUUCAUGUGUUUCUUUUCCCUUUCUUGAAGAAAUAUAAAAAACAUGCUAUUCUUUUUUGUUUAUAAACAGUAUCUUCAUGCCUAAUCUUCAAAAAAAAAAAAGAAAAAGAAAAAAAAAAGCCUAAUCUUUGAUGUUAUAAUAUUAGUUUUUAUAUUUUUUUUUCAUCAUGCCGAAACCAAAAGGAAAAUGAACAAAGGUGGAGUAGGUCUCACUGGUGGAUGCAGUGGGCCAACAGCAGCGGCGGCGGCAGCAGCAGCUCAGAAGCAGAAGACCCUGUUGCAAAGAGUCGACACCGACAUAACCAAUAUUGUUGAUAAUGUCAAUCACCUGGUUAACGUUGCAAGGGUAAGCGAUCCACCAGUUAGGAAUUCACAAGAAGCAUUCAUGAUGGAGAUGCGUGGAGCGAGAAUGGUUCAGGCAGCAGAUUCCCUGCUGAAGUUGGUGUCAGAGCUGAAGCAGACAACUAUCUUUUCUGGGUUGGCAUCUUUGAACGAGCAUGUUGAGCAGAAGACUGCUGAAUUUGACCAACAAGCCGAGAAUACAGAGCGAAUGUUGUUUAGAAUUGGAGAGGAGGCAGCUGGUUGCCUGAAAGAGCUUGAGUGUCAUUACUACUCUUCUUUCCAAAGGAUUGACCAAGGCGAACGAUGAAGGUUGGGGAGGAAGCAGCUGGUUGCCUGAGAAUAGCAGUUUGCUCUCAAACUUAAUUUUACUAGGAAAAAGAUUUAACCCAUCAGAAGGGAAAGCCAUAUGAUGCUCAUGUAGUUAGUAACAUCAGUGUGUUCAGGCAUGUAUAGACGACAUGUACAUCCUUAUACCUUUAUAGACAGGCGCGGAAAAUUGGGAUGCGUAUUAUUAGAUCGAAUGUGGUGUAGGCGUGUAGCUAUAUGACACUGAUUUAAGAAAUCGAAGGAGUAAUUAAUGGAACCAGUGUUUAUCUGUAUACUUGAUUGAUUUGACCUAUUAGUCUUUA